GUGCUCCGAGACUCAAUAACACCGGAAACGUGUCGAUGGCAUCGCAUUUGCCGAGACAUAUGCCGGGAAAACAGGUGCACACAACCGCACGCACUGAGUAGGCGCGGAAAAAAGACAGGCGCCGAGAGGGACGAGAAAGUUAUCGCCGAACGUUGCAGUCGGCUCCAUAGAAACGGCAUCCUGUCAGGGCCCUUCACAAAGCGAGGUGCCUAAACAUGCGCGCAUGCGUACUUGCGGCGGUUCUCGUCUCCUGGUACGAGAUCCUCUCGGGUGCAGGAAAGAGGUCUUUCGCGAUCGACUACACGAACCACACUUUCCUCAAGGACGGCAAGCCCUUCCGUUUCGUGGGCGGGUCGAUGCACUACUUCCGGGUCCCCCGGGCCUACUGGGACGGCCGACUUCACACUCUACGCAUGGGCGGACCCAACGCCAUAGACUUCUACAUCGACUGGAGCGGCCACGAGCCGGAACCGGGGCAGUACAACUUCAUCGACAACUACGACGUGCUUGCCUUCCUCGAGGCGAUCAAGAAGGCCGACCUCCUGGCGAUCCUCAGGCCGGGACCGUUCAUAUGCGGCGAGGUCGACAAUGCGGGCUUUCCCUAUUGGCUUCUGCGCAAGUACCCAAACAUGCAGUACCGCACCAUGGAGAAGGAGUACGUGGAGGAGGUCACCAAGUGGUUCGACAAGUUGCUGCCCAUGCUGGUUCCAUAUCUGUACAAGAACGGUGGGCCCAUCAUCAUGGUGCAGGUGGAGAACGAGUACGGCCACCUGAAGGGCUUCUGCGACCCCAACUACAUGGAGUUCAUGCUCUCCCUUCAAGAGAAACACCUGGGCAAAGACGUCGUCAUGUUCCGCACCGACUCGCCGUCUCUGCGCCAGUACGAGUGCGACAAGGUGCGCGACAUCCUGGUGGCCGGCAACUGCGACCCCAAGGCCGACGUGCCUAAGUCCUUCGACAUCAUACGCAGAGCGCAGGUCAAGCCGGGAGGGCCCGUCGUUGUGGGCGAGUACUACACCGGCUGGAUGAACUACUGGGGCUGGAACAACAACCCCGCCUAUCCGCCAGCGGUCAUCAAUACAUUCGAGAAGAUGAUGGAUGACGGGGCCAACGUCAUAUUCUACAUGUUCCACGGAGGCACCAACUUCGGCUUCAAGGCAGCCACCAGCGCAGAGUCGCCGCUGGUGACGAGCUACGACUACGACGCGCCCAUCGGGGAAGACGGCGAUCCGAAGGCAUACUACUUCACGUUGCGCAAGUCCAUCGGCAAGUACAUCCCUCUCAAGGCCGGAGAGCUGCCCAAGGGAUCACCCAAGAUGGGGAUAGACGCCAUUCUCAUGCCACACAGCAUGUCGCUGAAGGACGUCAUGGACCACUUUCGGAACAAGGGCUGGCUGAAGCGCAAGAAGUCCAAGUUUCCGCUGACUUUCGAGGAGCUCGGCCAGGACUUCGGGUUCCUGAUGUACCACACCCAGAUCGCCGCGAACCUGGACGGAGAGUACUUGAUGACGCUCCACGGUCUCCGCGACAUGGCGCAGCUGUACGUUCGGCAGGAGCGCCACUUGAUGCGCAUUUUCGACACCGCCCACCUGAUCAUAAAGCCCAACACUACUGUGAGGCUCAAGAAGGGGGAGAAGCUGACGAUUCUGGUGGAAAACAUGGGACGCGAAGAUUUCGGUCCCAAGAACCGCGACCCCAAGGGAAUGACGAAUGUGACCGUGAACGACGUCACCCUAACAGACUGGACCAUCGAGGCGGUGCCGGUGACCCAGAACCGAGACAUCAGCGAACUGAUAAGUCUCAUGCAACAGCCCAGGAAUGGUGACGGUAAAACUCCGCACUUCUACUACGGCUGGUUCACGCUUGGCAAAGGAGUGAAGCCGCUGGACACCUUCCUCGAUCCGUCCAACUACACCAAGGGGGUCGCGUUCAUCAACGGCAUCAACCUGGGCCGUUACUGGCCCGCGGUCGGCCCACAGAUUAGGCUGUACGUUCCGGGAGUUUAUCUCAAGCCGUAUCCCGAAGAGAACAAGGUCAUCUUGUUCGAGCUGGAGGGAAUACGUGGUGAGCAAGGUGGCCGCGGCGUGAGCUUCAGCGAUAGGCCUUUCCUCACCGCCGAGACAGGAAGCCCUCACCCUUAGAAGGAAUGAUGGAGAGGCAGCAAGUAAUGGUUGACAUUGUUUGGCAUUGUUUAUUUCGCAUUCAGUCUUUUCAGACAAGAAAGGCGGAAUGCCAGGAUUGGUAGCUCGACAAUUUACCAGUAGCUUCGAGAGGGCUCCGGCCCCGAUUUCAUUUGUUUGCAUUGGUUGAUUGCAUGCGGACGCAUUUUGCAAGCUGACGUUUCAUUGUUGUUAUGCAUCAUCACCAACCUCAUGGCGGCACGUCCAGACUCUGCCCAAUAAAAGCACACUUUUUUUUUA